AUACUAUCCAGGGUUCAAAUAACAUACGAUUCCCAAUUCGACACGGACAUCGAUCCCUUCUUUACCCAUGCCUGUACAUACUUAUCCCGCCGCAUGUUGAUGUGUGAACAGUACGUGGCAGAAUUUGCUAACACAGCAGCUUGGCUCGACCUCCAGAAUCCCACCUAAGUGUUGUUUCUCUGCACCUGACUGCGCUCUUUAUUACGUCGCUAUAUCCUCUGUUACUCGAUCAUUGACCAUGGCAAGCCCUAAGCCAACUCUACACCACCUCAGUGACUCUCAAUCUCAACGAAUCCUGUGGCUCCUCGAAGAGCUUGAAAUACCUUAUGACCUUGUUCUUCACAAACGCGUCCAGUCUGGCCCUAAAAAACGCAGGGCCCCAGAAGAGCUGAAGAAGACACAUUUCCUUGGGAAAAGCCCUCAGCUCGUUACAGGUGAUGGCAGGGUGAUAGUUGAAUCGCUCGUCAUCGCAAAAUACUUGAUCGAUACUUUCGACAAGGACGGUAGAUUCAAAGGAGAUGGCGACUGGAUUCGUGACGAUGAGCUGUGCAACAUUGCUGCUACAAGUAUAGCCAUCCCUAUGGUGACGGAGAUACUCUUCAUAGCCAUGGCAGCCAUGUCGCCCUUCUUCGUUCGUCCUCUGGUUUCCAUGAUACACAGCGGGAUACACAAGGGAUACACUGGAGACGAGUUAGCUCUGAACUUCAGCUAUCUAGAGGAACAGCUUGGUUCUGCGGAGUAUUUUGGCGGUUCAUCCCCCUCCAGGGCCGACUUUAUCAUCUCGUGGCCGGCGGACAACUGCGUCCAGAACAACAUCAUAGAUUUCACGAAAUUCCCUAGGUUGGCUAAAUGGCACCAGAGAUGUCAAGAGCGUGCUGCGUGGAAACGUGCUCUUGAAAAGGGCAAUGGCUACAGGUUGGGAUUCUGAUAGAAACAUCGCUAACAAGAUACCAUCAUCACUCAACUAGUCACCAAAUCAUUGUUGUGCUGGCAUUUCCCCUCUCUAUAUGUACAAUACCAUAUGUCAG